AUGGACCACCCACGUCAGGAUGAGGGUGUGGACAAAGCUUUCUUUAAAGGCAAGGAAGUAUCUGGAUCACAGUCUGUGCUUCCUAUGGGGAACGUUGGAUUUACCACUUACGCAAAUAAGACAUGCACAAGUGGAUUAAGAGGCAGCCCCAGUGUGAGUUACAGGGAGGUGCUGGUUGGAAAGGAGAAUAGUGCUGAGCAGAGCGGCCACUGCAGUGGCAAUGAACAGCCACCUCAUGGACUUAAUUGUGAGAAAAGCAGGUUCAAAGAUAUGAAACAAAAGUCAUUAUUUAACCUACUGGAGUUUCGAAGACUAGUUUUGAAUUUCAAUCCUCCUGCAAACGCUCAAGACUUGCCCCGAAACCAAAAGGAACAUAGGAAUCUGCCUUUCAUGCGUGAAUUAAGGUACCUGUUUGCACUUCUAGUUGGUUCAAAGAGAAAAUAUGUUGACCCAUCAAGAGCGGUAAACCUUAAAGAUGCUUUUAAAUCAAAUGAUUCCCAACAGCAAGAUGUUAGUGAAUUCACACACAAAUUAUUAGAUUGGCUAGAAGAUGCCUUCCAAAUUAAAGCUGAAGAAGAGAGGGAUGGAGAGAAAUCAAAGAACCCGAUGGUGGAGUUGUUUUAUGGACGAUUUCUGGCAGUAGGUGUACUUGAAGGUAAAAAAUUUGAAAACACAGAAAUGUUUGGCCAGUAUCCACUCCAGGUUAAUGGCUUUAAAGAUCUUCAUGAGUGCCUAGAAGCUGCAAUGAUUGAAGGGGAAAUUGAAUCCCUCCAUUCAGAAAACUCUGCAAAGUCUGGUCAGGAGCACUGGUUCACUGAGCUUCCUCCUGUCUUAACUUUUGAGCUAUCAAGAUUUGAGUUUAAUCAGGCUUUGGGGAGACCAGAGAAGAUACAUAACAAACUAGAAUUUCCUCCAAUUUUGUAUCUGGACAGAUACAUGCACAAAAACAGAGAAAUAACAAGAAUUAAACGGGAUGAAAUCAAGAGACUCAAAGAGUACCUCACAGUUUUACAACAGAGAUUAGAACGAUAUUUAAGCUAUGGUUCUGGUCCUAAACGAUUCCCCUUGGUAGAUGUCCUGCAGUACGCCUUGGAGUUUGCCUCCAGCAAGCCGGUGUGCACGUCUCCGGUUGAUGACCUGGGUGCUAGUGCCCCUGCCAGCGGCAUGCUGCCGGCCCAGACGCCACCCAGCACUAUAGAGCAGCAGGGACCUUCAUCAUCAGAUGUUCCAAGCACAUCUCCUGUACAAAGAUCAGUAAUACAUAAACCAUUCACACAAUCACGAAUUCCUCCUGAUCUGCCAAUGCAUCCGGCACCGAGGCACAUCACUGAGGAAGAGCUGUCUGUCCUAGAAGGCUGUUUACAUCGCUGGAGGACUGAAGUAGAGAAUGACACUAGAGAUUUACAAGAAAGUAUAUCUAGAAUACAUCGGACAAUUGAAUUGAUGUACUCUGACAAAACAAUGGUCCAAGUUCCUUACAGGUUGCAUGCUGUGCUAGUUCAUGAAGGUCAAGCUAAUGCAGGACACUACUGGGCAUAUAUUUAUGACCAUCACCAAAACAGAUGGAUGAAAUACAACGAUAUUUCUGUGACAAAGUCAACUUGGGAAGAGUUGGAACGGGACUCUUUCGGUGGUUACAGGAAUGCGAGUGCAUAUUGCUUAAUGUAUAUCAAUGAUAAGGAGCAAUACUUGAUACAAGAGGAGUUUAACAAAGAAACAGGACAGAUCCUUGUUGGAAUGGACACGCUACCUUCUGAUCUAAGGGAUUAUGUCAAGGAAGACAACAAACGUUUUGAAAAAGAACUUGAAGAAUGGGAUGCAGAACUCGCUCAGAAGGCACAGCAGGAGAAGUUGUUAUCUCAGAUACCCAGGGCACCAGCACCCUCGCCUGCUCCAGUUCAAGCAGGAGAACCAGAAUAUUUAGAGCAGCCAUCAAGAACUGAUAUUUCAAAGCACUUAAAAGAAGAUUCUGUACAAGCAAUCAAUAAAGCUUUAGCUGAACAAGAAGAUAGAGGUCCAGAAGCUAUAAUGGAUACGAAAGCUGAUAAUGCCCCAGCUCAACCAGCUCCUAACCAGCGAGUUGUAGAGGUGGCGAUUCCCGAUGUAGGGACUUUUGUGAUUGAGUCAGAGGAGGGGGGUUAUGACGAUGAGGUCAUGCUGACCCCGAACAUGCAAGGUAUUAUCAUGGCUAUAGGUAAAGCCAGGAAUGUUUAUGACAGGUGUGGGCCAGAAGCAGGGUUCUUUAAGGCAAUUAAAUUGGAAUACACACGCUUGCUAAAACUAGCCCAGGAAGAUCCACCACCUGAAUGUGAUUACCGAUUGCGUCAUGCAAUUGUGUACUUCAUCCAAAACCAGGCACCAAAGAAGAUAAUUGAGAGAACAUUACUGGAACAGUUUGGAGAUCACAAUCUUAGCUUUGAUGAAAGGUAA